UACAUUUUGGAUCAAUGGCGGCGCCCAUGACAAUUUUUUAAGCUGGUUUGGUUUUUUAUCGUUGAAUGAUGUCGCUCUUAACAAGGACUGCGACGGUUUUGAUGAAACCAGCUUUGUGUUCUAUUGAACUUUGUCGUCAUCUUUCAAAAGGAGCAGUUGCUCUCGUUAACAAAAAGACGAGACCCUCGACCGAGUCUUUAAUCAAAUGGAACAGGCUCCCAGACCCCAAGACUCCAAGAAAGGACCGCUGGAGCGAGAAGAGAGCCCUCUUUGGUGAGAAUGACUACAAGGACAUCCUUGGAGACGGUUCCUACUCCCUCAAGUUCAACGUGAAGACUGGCCCUAAGUGGAUGCACGGUUGGCGAGGCAACGAGCUACAGACGUUGAUUCGCAAGAAGAAAGUCGCCGGUCCCGAUAUGGGUCCCACCAAGUUCUACAACAUGCUGAAGAGAAUAAGUUACUUGCACAAGAGAUUCAACAGGAACAAGGGACGGUGGCAGUACAGGGACAAAUAUGAACCCAACUACAGAGAGAGGAUGUGAUGAAAACGGCAAUAUAUGAACCCAACUACAAAUAUGACCCCAACUACAGAGAGAGGUGAUGCGAACACCAAUUUAUGAACCCAAUUGCAAAUAUGAACCCAUUUACAGAGACAGGAUGUUUGCAAUAUAUACCAAUAUAUGAAUCCUAUUACAAAUUUGAGCCCAAUUACAGAGAGAGGAUGUGAUUAAAAAACCAAUGAACCUUACCCAAUUACAAAUAUGAACCAGUUUACAGAGAGGUGAUGCAAACACCAACUAAAACCCAGUUUUGAGUUCCAAAAUUUUUUCAGAAUAAAAACUCUGUUAUUAGAAUGAUGCCUGACCAGAAUGAUGCUACGUAGGAACACAAGAAGAACAGCCCAGGAAACUUUUAGAAUGCUUUUGGCUUUAAUAUAGGACAAUCAGCAGGCUCAACAUCUUGUGAAAAAAAGAAAGAAGAAAAACAAAGAGAAAGUGACUACCAGUAACACAUUCAAUCAAAAUAUUUCCAUAUGACCAGUUGAAUGAUCAAGCUUCGCUUUAUCAAUUUUUAUUGAAAACAAUCAGGAUUUAUGUUAUUUACAUAAUGAAAAACAUUAACAACACAUUCAUGGAAUCAUCUACAGUGGGACAAGUUUAACGGUGAGAUUUUAUGGAUAGCAGCAUCAAAUUGUCAUGUCAGUGCAAAAGUCUUGAAUAUUCUUGAACUUUCUAUCGUAUCGGGGUAUUGAAAUCAAGGAUGCCUGAUAAUUGAACCAUAGCUCGCAGGCCAGAGGAAACCUGUAAACACGGAUGCUUGCUACAUGUGCAUGUGUGUGAACCUGAAGCAACAAGGUCUACCCGUUUCUGUUACGCACCAAGAUGCAACAUUUUUGCAUGAAGCGAGAGAUAGGUUUUUGCGAAAUGGAGAUUCCAAUGUUUUGAAUUGUAAUUCACCGAUGCAUCGACCAACUUUUGGGGGGUUUGGGCACUUUUUGUUUGAAAUCAUUCACCAGGUAGUAGCGUCAUGUUUUUCUCUCAUUCUAAAAUACAGGCCUGAUACCUUCGAACUUGUAAAAUGGGCUAAAACGUUUUACUGGCCCAUACCAGUGAUAAUAGCGUCAGCUACCGACAUUUGCAUCUGUCAAUCAGGGAGAUUUUCUAAACCAAUCACAGUGAUAUUUAGAACUAUAUUCAACAUCCUUUUUUUUUUUCACAAUAAGGUAGUUUUUCAAACUGUGUUAAUCAGCACAUGGAAAGAUCGGCUUAAUUUCAGGGAGCCUUCUGCAUAAUCGGGAGUUUGCAGCUUUAGAGAUCAAGUCAGUUCAUGUCAAAACAAUUCCAGCAGUGUUGUGUUUUCAACUGGGAAGUGGAGAGAACAUUUUGAUUUUUUCGAAAGAUAGAAUAAGUUCCGUUUAACUUGGCUUUGCCUCAUUGAAUGGAACAUUCCAUAUUUCAACUCGUAAAUAUUCUCACCAUUGCACUCGGUCAUUAUUUGUAUAAUAUUUAGCCCUAAGCCCAAUGAGAUAAAUCUUCUCAUGGUGCUUGUUUAAAUAAAAAACAGUUUUGUAUGUUAUAACUGUUGUGUACACUGUUUCUUCUUAUUUUGAUUCUGGUCUUGUUAAAGAUGCUAUGUCAGUUUUUUGCCCGAUUUGACCCA